UGAGCCCCGCGUUUACGUCGCAGGAGUGAGAAUGUGUGAAUGUUCACGAAGGUUAUGAACUGCGAACGGGGAAAACGUGCACGCUUUUAACCCCCCCUCAACCUGACCUGCAGUGUGGAUUUUGACCCAGAUCAGUGAUAUUUGGUCACUUCUUCCCCACAGGCUCGCUUUCAGAAGUUAUAGUGGAAGAAGCGACCGCAGAUCGAUCAACGGGGGAUUGCUGGGGGUGUUACCGCGUUGAGACGCACUGAGGUCGGUCACUGAGUGUAGGAGCGGCCGUUGGACUCACACCCACCCGCAUGAGCUCCACACGGACUUUUAUGACUCUCCUGCCCAGUCCGGUUGAUCCCGGAGAGCAUGAGCCGAGAUGAGCCAGAGAGACACACUCGUGCAUCUGUUUGCUGGAGGAUGUGGAGGCACGGUGGGUGCGAUCCUGACAUGUCCAUUAGAGGUGGUGAAGACGAGGCUUCAGUCUUCCUCCAUAACGCUCUGCAUCUCUGAGGUGCAUCUAAGUACAGUUAAUGGAGCCAGCGUGGCCCGUGUGGCCCCUCCGGGACCCCUUCACUGCCUCAGAUUAAUUCUUGAGAAGGAAGGGCCUCGUUCUUUAUUCCGUGGUCUGGGGCCAAAUCUAAUCGGCGUGGCUCCUUCACGGGCUAUUUAUUUUGCCGCCUAUUCCAGUGCAAAGGAGAAACUGAACUGUGUGUUUGAACCAGACUCUACAGCCUUGCACAUGGUGUCUGCUGGGAUUGCAGGAUUCACAGCCAUAACAGCAACCAAUCCGAUUUGGUUGAUAAAGACGCGUCUGCAAUUGGAUGCCAGGAGCCGUGGGGAGCGCCGAAUGAAUGCAUUCGAGUGUGUGCGGCGUGUGUAUCAGACUGAUGGUGUCCGCGGGUUUUACCGUGGCAUGUCUGCGUCAUAUGCAGGCAUCUCAGAGACUGUGAUUCACUUUGUGAUUUAUGAAAGUAUCAAACGGCGUCUUUUAGAGGCCAAAGCAGCGACACACAUGAAUGAGGACGAGGACAGAGCCAAGAGCGCAUCUGAUUUUGUCGGCAUGAUGUUGGCAGCCGCUACAUCGAAAACCUGCGCCACCUGCAUAGCCUAUCCACACGAGGUCAUCCGUACACGUCUAAGAGAAGAAGGCACCAAAUACCGCUCGUUCUUCCAGAGCCUCAACCUGGUGAUCCAAGAGGAAAGCUAUCGAGCUCUAUACCGAGGACUGACCACACACCUGGUCAGACAGAUCCCCAACACGGCCAUCAUGAUGUGCACGUAUGAGUUUGUGGUCUACCUGCUGGACGGCUGAUCCGGGACCAAACCACCGCAGUUUUACUCAGUGUGUGUGGGAGGAAAAUGUUAGGAGAAACACGGUAAUGACUUAAAUAAGUUGGCGUCAAGAAAGAAACAUCGUUAUUUCUUGCUCUUCCUUCCAUUUUUAAAGAAACGCAGCUUCUUGAGGGGACUGGGUAGAGAUGACAUGUGUUCGAACAGCACUUCUAGAGCUGAAUGUGGGUUUAUUUCUGUCAGAGAAAGCAGUUGUUGUGUUGGCAGGUCAUCGAAGGUUUUGUCAUGACCGUCGAAAGCUUCACAGGAUUUGUCUUCAACUCUGAGAUGGAAACAAACGGGAGAGGAUUCACACCGAGGGUCUGUUUUUAUCUGGAAACGGUCGGUUUGGUUGCACUUACACCAUGCAAUAUCAAUGCAGAAACGUCCUACAUAGGUGCACGUCUACACAUAUAUGCAAAAAGAGUGUGUUUUGACAACGUACAAAAGAGUGUGUGUGUGUUAAGUCUUAUAUGUGUGUGUUUUGCUUUUGAAUUUAACUGUUGCAGCUCACAUUUAUUGUUGACACGCAAAGAAAUCAUUAAACUAUUUAAUUGACGGCAAAAUUACUAAUUGAAAUGGAGUUAUUGAGAGUAUUAUGCUAAGAGAGCCGUUGCAGUGUAACACAAUUGGUUUGUGGACAUGUUGUCGAUCCAAACAAACACUCAGAGCACAAAAUAUCUGUUAAUUUAAGUAAAUAAAGGUAAUUUGUGCUAGUUUGAGAGUUUAGCUCCUUUGCUAAAUGGCUUAGGAACAACUUGCAGCAAAAAUGCACACAGAUGUACUUUGAAUGAGAACUUGAGAUGCAAAAUUACUAUAGAUAUUUGGAUAUUUUCAGAAAUUUUGCCAUGAAUUUAAAUUGUCAUCAGUAUUAUUAUUAUUAUUAUUAAUAUUAUGAAGCUUUUAUUACAAUAUACUGAUGUUUAAUGAAUAAAAACCAAAAAACUACAAUAACAAAGCAUAAAAAUGAGUGUAAUUCAGCAUAUAUUUACUGAAAACGACUUGUUUUAUAUGGUUUUGUUCUUAAUCUCAAGUCAAUCGCUCUUGCUGUAAGGUGUUUAGGUGGUUUUUUGCGGUGCAGACAUAUGAAUAUGCAGACAUAAUGUGAAGCUGUUAAUAUUGUCCAGUUGUCAAAGUUCAUGUUUUCAGUUUAUGGUGCCGAUUUGUAUGUCAUUCUCUCUCUUUUCAUGCCUUUUGAUUUGUUCACGAGACCAGUGUGUAAUUCUUUCAGCAGUGUAAUUCUUCAUCAAUGUUUGGUUGUUUUGUUUACGGUCAGUGUGGUGUGAAGGGUGAAUAUGACAUUAAUAUUCAUCAGGCGUAUGGAGAAAUAAAUGCAAAUAUGAAAACGAUAA